AUGUACACCCACCUCUCUUGGAGCUUUUUAUAUAAGGUGGAUCUCACCGCGUCCAUGGUAGCUCCAAGUUGGCCUUGUUUCAGAAUGUUAGGGAGUUACCUAAAAGAAGCAAUGAAUAGAGAGCCAGAGUCGCCCUAUAAGCGCCACCUGCAACACGGAAUUAAGUCGAGCGCUACUCAAGAUGUGUAUAGAAACAGUUUGUCAACCAUAGGCAUGCGUAUCAGACAGGCUGUAGACAACGGAUACCAGGUUCCCCGUGACAGCAAAGCAGCAAACAAUUGUGUGCAAGAUAACUCAGAUUAUACUAUACCAGAAUACAAACGUGUCCCAAUGCGCAAUGGUACUGCGGCACCAAUGUUGGUUAACCAGCGGACAGUUUCGUCUUCUUCUACCCUUGAAGAAUGGGAUUCUCAAUUGGAUGAGCGUUUAAAUCUCAUAGAUGAUAAUAUAAUGAGGAACAAGCUUGGAGCAAGGGAUCUAAUGCUAGGUGGUACGAAGCGUGGGUUUGAAGAAUUGGCUGAGGACGGCUGGUGA